AUGGAGAAUGUUGACCUGCUUUUCAAGGAAGCUUUCUUUUCCCACUCAACAAGUCUUGCUAUGCUUGGGUUUUCUUUAAAUUUUGUGUUCAAUAUGCUUCAUGAAUAUUCAAACUGUAUCUUGGAUCCGUUUCCUGCGAUGUGCUCCAGUAAGGUCUUAAACAACGAAGACAUUUCAUAUUUGGCCAUGAACCUGCUAAAAGCGGCCACUCUCCCUAUCACUCUCUGCUCUUCUUUUCAGGUUCUUAGUGGAACCGAUAUUGAUGACCUGAACCUUCUCCGAAUUUUCCUCUAUUCCUCUAUAGGUCGCCAUAAAACCAAGGAACUUUGA